GUAUAGCCGAGGGAAUUUCAAAGUGCCUCGCACGAAGCACCGGCAAACCAUAUAGAAAAACAAGGUCCAGUCUUUUCGUCUCUCUCCUUCUCUCUCACUAUUGCCGAUGUCUGUUCGACAGGCCGCUGCUGGUUUCCUCAAGAGGUUACAACUUUCUUCUCAAUCAGUCGCUGCUACUUGUUGCCGACAAGCCGCCAAACCUCUCACUUCUCGUCGCUCAAGUGGAUUGAAAAUUUUUCAUCAGAAUGGAUCCAAAGGCUAUAGCUGGGGGAGGCAUUUUAAAGAUUUUCGUCUAUGGGUUGUCAUAUAUGGACAAGCAAUAAUUCUUGGGAUAAAUGCCAACUCAGUUUUAGCCCAAGAUAUUUCGAAUGAGUUGAGAUCUGAAAAUGUCACUGGAGGGGCAGACAAGACUGGCUUGCGCAGAAUUGAAGAUGGAUCUGUUAUAUCAAAUUUACAUACAUCUAAGUGGAGAGUUUUUACAGAUAAUGCGAGGGAUUUAUUCCUGCAGGGGCGACUAGUGGAAGCUGAAAAAUAUUUUUUGUCUGCCUUGCAAGAAGCUAAGGAAGGUUUCGGGGAGAGGGAUCCACAUGUUGCAUCUGCAUGCAACAAUCUGGCAGAGCUGUAUAGGGUUCAAAAGGUAUUUGAGAAGGCGGAACCUUUAUAUUUGGAGGCCAUCAACAUACUGGAGUCAUCAUUUGGACCAGAUGAUAUUCGCGUGGGGACUGCAUUUCACAAUCUUGGUCAGUUCUAUGUUGGGCAGAGGAAAUUAGAAGAAGCUCUUUCUUGCUAUGAGCGUGCUUUAAAGAUCAAGGCGCAUGUUCUGGGAUAUGGCCAUAUAGACUAUGCAGAUACAAUGUAUCAUCUUGGAGUUGUGGUUUAUCUGCUGGGAAAUGAGAAGGAUUCAGAUGCCCUAAUUCAGGAUUCUAUAAGGAUACUAGAGGAAGCUGGUCAAGGUGAAUCCAUCACAUGCGUCAAGAGAUUGAGCUAUCUUGCCAAGGUGUAUUUGAAGUCCCAUCGAUCGGUUGAGGCUGAGAAAGUACAGAGAAAAAUCCUUCAUAUCGUUGAAUUAUCAAAGGGAUGGAAUUCUUUGGAAACUGUAAUUGCAGCUGAAAACCUAGCCUUGACCUUGCAAUCAGUUGGGAGCUUAAGGGAAGCACAAGAGCUUCUUGAACGAUGCCUUCACGCCCGAAAAUCUUUACUACCUGAAGAUCACAUUCAGAUUGGUGCAAAUAUGCUUAGUCUUGCUCGGGUGGCCAUGCUAAACAUCAACCUGCUUAGGAAUGUGGAUAUUUCUAAAGCAACUACUGAAACUUACAGGGCAAAAGAUCUUUUACAACAUUCGAUAAGGAUAGCACAAGGAGUUUUGGAUAGGUUUGUAAAGCACAAAGACAACAAGCAAAAUCCUGUAGCAUAUGGAAGAAGUGGAAGGGAUCCUCAUGCAGCAUUAGUAAUAUUGAUGGAAUCACUUGAUGCUCUUGGGCUUUUGGAGUUAACCAUGCAGGAAUUACAUGAAUCCAUGGAUGAUUCACAGAAAGAAGCUGAGAAUGCACUUCGCCAAUGCAUUUCUGCUUUCAAAAAGUUUGGAGUUGAAACAUCAGUCUUUGACUCUCCCCAAGUAAAGGCCAAAUAUCUAUCAUGUUUGAAGCACUUUUUGAGCCUGGUAAGUGAAAGCACAGACAGCAGCACACUGCAGUCUGGAAAGGCCAUCGUGCAGGAGUUGAAAGAUGAAAUCAAUUAUAUUGAAGUUGAGCUAUCUUCUAACAUGAGGCACAAAACCUAGUCUAAACUGCAAUUUCGGAUGGGCCACCAGCUUGUAUAAAUAAUGGUGUUGAGGAGGAGAAAUAAAACUAAAGGGGCUCAACCAAAGCACGAUCCAACCUAAUGUGACUAAAUUGUGUUCAGUUUGUUGCUCUUAAAUAGUUUUAUUAUUAUUUUUAUAUUUAUCUUUAACUGAGACUAGUUGCAAUCCUCACUUUCCUAAGAUGAUAUUGGCUUUUCGUUAGUUAUGUUUUGCGUUGCUUAUUUUUGUUGAUUUUCAUUUUUCUUAUAUUACUUAAUUAUAGUUAUAUUUAUUGAAUUAAUUCUUCAGAAAACUCUAGACGGAUUUAUUGUCAUUAGGAAAUUGAAGUUCUGUUUUUGUAGACUUCAACUGGGACCUUAACUGGUACCAUAUUUUUGUUCUCUAAGAAGAAUAUUCAUGCGAAGGUUGUGGACUCUUGUGCAGUAUAA